GACUUUGUAGUAUUACUGCGCAUUUAUGCCGCUAGAGUGCAGCACUGUGUGGUUGGUAAACAAAAGCAUUGCCGCCUUUUGCUAAGUUGAUGAAAACGUUUUCCAUAAGAUAAAAAAACUUCGAAAACUAUGGGAUACGCCUCACGCUAUAAAAUUUUAGAGCCAAUAAACGGUCGAAAAGAAGCUCGGAACACUUCACACGUGAAGACUUAUUAAAAUAUGGACUUUAUACAGUAGUUCUUCAGUCAAAAUCAAGUUUAUAUCAGUUUAUGACCACAGUUUCACAGACCAAAUAAUGCAGAACAUAACCUAAAAUAGUGUUACUAUUUUCAUGAUAAUCCACUAAAUCCUUCCUUUUUCCUUUAAACUCGCACCACGAUUGCGUAGAAGGUAUUUUUGGUCGUAAAUCUGCAACAAUAUUGAAAAUUGGCACUGCCUCCAUUGGCAAUAUUUGUUAACCCUAGUUGUACCAGUAGCGCCGUCUGCGCUGAGCUUUGCGUAAUAUGCCCUAUUGUUGCUGGUCAAACGGCCACAUGAUGCGUAGGUAGCUAUUGACAUUACCUACAUAGCAUUGUCUUUGCUUUUUCAAAAAAUUUUGUAACUAGGUACAGUACAGGCCUACAUUUAGCUAUAGCUAGGUUCUUCUAGCAACUUCUCGGAUAAAAAAUACAAUCUAGUAUUUUUGGAAAAUACCUAUAAAGCAGCUGGCAGCACUGAUUUUUGACAUUCCUUCCUGUUGAUAAUGGUAAGUACUGCAUGCCGGCGGAGGGCGUGCCGCUGACGGCGCGCGCGCGGCUGCUGACGGCGGACGAAACGCUGCGGCUGGCGCGCGUGUUCGCGACGCUGGGUGUCGACAAGCUACGGCUCACUGGCGGGGAGCCUACUCUGCGCAAGGACCUCGCUGACAUCGUCCAGGGUCUGACGGCGAUCCCGGGCAUCAAGUCAGUGUCGAUGACGACGAACGGGCUGGUGCUGACGCGGCGGCUGCCGGCGCUGCAGCGCGCGGGGCUGGCGGCGCUCAACGUGUCGCUGGACUCGCUGCAGCCCGAACGCUACGAGCGCAUGGCGCGCCGCCCGGGUUUGCCCCGCGUGUUGGCGGGCAUUGACCUGGCUCUCCAGCUCGGCUAUCGGCCCGUGAAGAUCAACACAGUGCUCAUGAAGGGUUUCAAUGAAGACGAAAUUUUAGAUUUUGUUGAAUAUACGCGUGACCGGGAAGUGGAGGUGCGCUGGAUCCCAAGGAGAACUAAACUGCGAGGCGCUAGAGACGCCUUUCAGAUUUCAUUUAGGCAACGCGUGGGCGCGGGACCGGCUUGUGCCGUACCGCGCCGCGCUGCGCCGCGUGCUGCGCCGCCAUCCCGACCUGGCGCCCGUCGCGCCGCGGCCCAACGACACUGCCCGGGUGUGGCAGGUGCCGGGGUUCGCGGGCCGCGUGGGCUUCAUCGCGUCCAUGACGCAGGCGUUCUGCUCCUCCUGCAACCGGCUGCGGCUCACCGCCGACGGGAACCUCAAGGUGUGCCUGCUGGGCGAGGCGGAGGUGUCGCUGCGGGACGCGCUGCGUGCGGGCGCGAGCGACGCGGACGUCGCGCAGCUAGUGCGCGCCGCGCUGCGCAACAAGCGAUCGCAGCACGCGGGCAUGGACAGCCUCGCGCAGCUCCCCAACAGGCCCAUGAUCCUCAUCGGCGGCUAGCGGCGCUCGGCGUGCGCCGGUACUGCACCGCCGCGGGGGGCCGGGGGGAGGGGGACCACCGACUUGAGUCGGAGGAUCCCGACGGGCUGACGCACCUGGACGGCGAGGGCCGCGCGCGGAUGGUGGACGUCGGGGACAAGCCCGUGACGCGGCGCGAGGCGGUGGCGGAGUGCCGGCUGCAGGCGGGCGCGCGGCUGCUGCGGGCGCUGCGUCGCGCUGAGCUGCGCAAGGGCGACGCGCUCAGCGCGGCGCAGCUCGCCGGCGUGCUGGCCGCCAAGCGCACCGCCGACCUCAUCCCGCUGUGCCACGCGCUGCCGCUCGACUGCGUGCGCGUGUCCGUGCAGCUGCCGCGGGGCGAGGCUGGCGCGCUGAGCGUGCGCUGCAGCGUGCGCACGCGCGCGCGCACGGGCGCGGAGAUGGAGGCGCUGGUGGGCGCGGCGCUGGCGGCGCUGACGCUCUACGACAUGGGCAAGGCGGUGGACAAGCGCAUGCGCAUCACGGACCUGCGGCUGCUGCACAAGAGCGGCGGCCGCUCCGACUGGCCCGCCGAGGCCGAUUCGCCGCGAGAGGACUAGGCGCAGCCGCACGAGACGCUCGCGCCGACCGACCUCAUGCAUUUCUAGGUGCGACGUAGGAAUUUCUAUGGGAAAUUGCAUAAAUCUAAAAAUUGAUACGAACGUUCGAGCCGAUGUGGAGUUGAGUUGAGUUGGAGUGGUUAAUGGACACGCGGCUUGAUUGGGAGUAGUGUUGCCGAACUAUCGAUAGUUUCAAUCGAAAAAGUCCAUAAUAUCGAUUGCAUAUCUAUGCCGAUUGACUAUCGAUAGUUUGAGGAAAAGCAAUAGUUAAUUAGAACGCAAUCGAUAAUUGACUAUCGAGCGGCAAAACUAAUUGGGAGGUCAUAGGAUUUUACGCGCCAUGAUUGGGUAGUCAAAUUCAAAAUACCUCGCGCGAUCUUGAUUGAGACCCAAUUGGGUCUCAAUCAAGAUCGCGCAAGAUCUUGGGACAUUUUUUGCUUUUCUUUUGAAUUAAAGAAAGAAAAACGUUUAUUUCGUAUUCGAAUAAGAAAGACCGGGUCUUUUAGUCAAAUUUAUGGGAACAAAGCCUUCACGACUUCGUCGCGGCAUCGUGGUGCUCGUUCACAAGCGGAGGAUCGUGUGCCGCCGCCCUCGCGGGUAGCAGCGACGAAUGGUUAGUUCGGUAGUUAUCUCCCGCUCACUUUCACAUGUUUAAAAUUGACAGAAAAAUACAAAACAAACUUUAGCUUAUUAAUUUAAAGAAUGCUUUCAGUUUUUUAUGAAUAACACUUAUUAUCCACUUUGACUUAUUUAUCCACUUUGAUCCAACGUUUUAUGAAUAACCAAACUUUAGCUUAAAGUAUGCAUUAGCAUACUUUAAGCUAAAGUUUGGUUUGUCACUAUUGCACUUUAAAAUAUUUGCUUAAAUUAUUUAUUAAAUUCACAACACACUUUACAAUACAAUAUUAGAAACUUAGUCGAAAAGAUUGUAAAAUAUAUUAUACAAAGCUAAGACAGGCACUUAUUUGAAUACAAUAAUAAAUAUUACAAGCUAGGUAUAUUAUGUAGGUACUAAAAUUAUUACAUAUAUAAAAAACUUCAAACGCGCUGCACCGAGGCAACGUGCACAGAAUGCUGGCAGCAUUUCCUCGCUGUACUGCCAGACUUAUAUGCUGAGCAAUUAUUUAUUUAUUGUUAUCAAUUCUUAUUUAUUGUUGUCAAUUUCCUCACAUUUGAAGUGAAGAAUACUCUUCACAUCUCGACAGGAAAGCGUCAUUUCACCGACUAAUCCAGAGCAGUUACUAUCUAUACAUAUAUAAUAAAACUGUAAGUGGGCUAUGUUCGCACUGUUAGGUCCUGUUCGCACUGCGAUAAUUCACCGCGCGGUUUAUUUCUCGACAUUGAAUCUUUCUAGAGUGACUGUGAUUUCUAGAUAUAUAUAUCUAUCUAGAUAUAGUGUUGUGACUUAUAAUUAUAAUCUACUUUAUAAAAAGACCUACAACAUAUUAGACCUAUACAUUUAAGUCAUAAUGUAAAUAAUUAUAUUAUGUUAUUUAGCUAUACUAUAAGCAUACUAUUUUACUUCUUGCAUCUAUCAACUGUUACUACAUUGUUUUACAAAUACAUAAUGGUUGGAAAGUAAAAAUAUGGUCAAGUAUUGGGCGGUUCUUGUAGUCCCCCAAGGGCGCACCUUUAAACUUUAUGUUUAAUUAUUCCAUAUAUAUUUUUUUAAUUAAUACAUUUUUUUAUUUAUGACUUUGUAAUUUUGAGUCUUCUUGAAUCUUAUGUGCCAAAGAUUU